CACCUGAUAAGCCCCUCCCCAACCCCAGGGAAGGGGUUAAAAGGGCCAUCCCUCCUCGCAUUCGAUUGUUCCUCCUCACUCACCCAUCCCUUACAAACCCGUCCUCCUCUCCUACAAACUUCCUUUCUCAUACACUAGCGUUGAACGCUCUCAUACUCGUUGAAACCACACCAAGCAACUCUACUACGGCACUAUGCCUUCCUUUUCUUCUCUUACGGAAAAAGUCCAAACAGCCCAACUCAUGAUCGGGCACACCUUCGAUAACCCGACCAUCGGAAUGGAAGCGCUAGUCACUCCUGGGGUUGCCCUGCCCGGGCUGACAACCCGCACGGAUGGCCACAAGGAGCUUGCCCUUGUUGGAGAUGCCGUGCUCAAACUGGCACUUACCCUGGACGGAUACGAGGCCAAAAGAAGCCGAGAAUUCACCAGCAACAUCCUUCAAACCAAAGCCAGCAACGCCAACCUUGCACUCAUUGGGCGUAAGAUGGGGUUGGAUAACGUAGUCAUUGUCAAUCCAUCCCAGGCAGGAAUGGUGUCCGACAAAGUCAUGGCCAACACUGUCGAGGCUCUCAUCGGAGCUGUCUAUAUGGACACUGGCUCGGUCGACUCCGUGCUGCCAGUCCUGGCUACCUUGGGCCUUGACUGGCCUGCUUGAGCUCCAUGACUUUGCGUGAACUACCUAUGCAAAGUGACGUGAUCUGGAAGCUAGUUGCUUACCAGUAGGGCGUACAAAGGCCCGUCUGCAUCGGUACCGGACCCCUGCUACGAGGAAGCUCCUCUUGCCACUCAGGACGGCGGCACUUGAGCUAUGAUCGCUAUUUUCCGCCGACCCUGUGUGGCAGGGGCAGCUCCCACGUAGACGGGCUCCCGUACCGAGCAGCAGGGCCUUUAUAUGAUCAGCUGGCCUGGAACGGCCUCGAGGCCACGAGACUAUUGUCUAUGUGGUUCGACUUGAGCAGACUUGAAAAUGCAGUCUACGCUCUGUGAGUAAUGAUCUUUCAAGGAUGGUGAAGUGCUGGUAGACAAGGGGAUGGUGGAAGGUUUUGAUGUGAUUGAUCGAUGAGACUGCUGUGCUCCCAAACAUGUCAUUCGUUGUACAGUAACAGUCUCACUAUGAUGAAUGCCCCGAUGGAAAUGCAUCGGGAUUAUGUUGUCCAACCGAUCGUUAUCCAGACUUGCGUAGACGUGUACAUCCUGGUUCUAGCAUUUUCAAGGCUAGUUGGUGGUCUGAGUAGGUGCGCGCUUCUUAUCUCUGUGGGGCGGGAAAACAAUAGGUAAAAAAACCAAAGAGACAAAAAAGAUGGUCCCAGAGGGGCUCGAAC